AACUUUUGCUUGUCCUUUCUAUUUUUAUCAGAAAAAGAAUUGAACAAUGGAACACGAAACUCAGCAGCAAGGAAAUCCCAGUAACCCAACUGCCGAUCAAAACGCUGCUUUGAUCAACUCCUUCAUCGAAAUCACUUCUUCUUCCAAAGAAGAAGCCCUCUUCUUUUUGGAAUCCCACCAGUGGGACCUGGACGCCUCCGUUUCCACCUUCUUCGACAGCAAUUCUACCGCCGCACAACAACCGCGCUCAAUCGCGCCUCCCGUCUCUGGCGCCGUUAACAACUCUCCGACUUCCUCACCCUCUGAUUCCGCUGAUUAUUCUCCCUCGCAAUCGCCUUCUAGGUCCCGCUCCCCUUCUCCUGCCCGCCCUUCUCGCCCCCCUUAUACGCUUAGGUCGCGUCGCAACGCUGAUAAGAAACCGUCUGGUAGCGACGGAAGCAACGCUCGUGGCGUUCGUACCCUCGCCGAUCUGAACCGGUCCCCUCCUGGUGGGUCCGACAGCGAUUCUGAUGAAGGCCAGGAUUAUUUCACCGGCGGUGAAAAAAGUGGGAUGGUGGUUCGAGAUCCUUCGAAGCAUCACGAUGUGGACUCGAUUUUUAAUCAAGCGAGACAAGCAGGAGCGGUGGAAGGAUCUGAUUAUAUUGCAGAUAGGGUUGAGAAGGUUGCUGAAACCAUCCAAAGAUUGGAACAGGGUGAUCUGAAGCUUAGAGUGCAGACUUUGGAAGCUGAAAGGGCUUUCCAACGUGUUAAUGUUGUUCAGAAGACAAUAGGAAGUGAAGUUUCUUUUUCUUUGGGUAACAUUAAGUUCUCUUACAUGCAUCCUUCCAUAGAGAACUUCGAAAGUGAUGGGAUUUUUGACAAUGGAGUUCAUGAGUUGCAUGAUGUGCAUGCUUUUCAUGUAAUCGUUGUAAUGGUUUUGAUGAUUCUGAAGGAUUUUCUGUUAUGGGUUGACAAGGAUCUUGGACCUUGGGGUCCACUUGUGAUGGUUGUUGCUUACUUUCCUUUCACACUUAAAGCUUUUGCAUUGAAAGCCAUUGUUCAGGACAUGGCAGGGUUGAUAGGCCAUGAAUUGGAGAUUAAGCUUGAGGAGUACAGUAGUGGGCAGCCUACUACAAAUUGUUCUUUCCCAUCUUAG